AUGGAUCCAACAUGCUCUUCUGAGAGCGUUUAUAACCUCAUACCCCGGGACUGGAAGGAGCCUCCCCAGCCUCCUAGGUACAUGUCUGUUUUUAAAACAGCUGUAAAAGAGGACAUGCAAAAAUGGAAAACUGCAAUGAAAACUAUGGGACCACCAAAAGUUGAAUUACCUUCUCCAAAGGAUUUUUUGAAGAAACAUUCAAAGGAAAGAACUCUACCACCCAAAAAAAAGUUUGAGCGGGAAGUGCCCAAGAAGCCUCCUGUGCCACUGAGGACUGACCAUCCAGUCAUGGGAGUACAGAGUGAAAAAAAUUUUAUCAGUACAAAUGCAGCCGGUGUCAUUAUGGGAGUGGCUAAAAAGCCUAAACCAAUUUAUGUUGACAAAAGAACUGGAGACAAGCAUGAUCUUGAAACUUCUGGGCUAGUUCCAAAGUACAUCAAUAAAAAGGAUUAUGGUGUCACACCUGAAUAUAUAUGUAAGCGAAAUGAGGAAGUAAAAAACGCCCAGGAAGAAUAUGAUAACUAUAUCCAAGAAAACCUCAGGAAAGCAGCUAUGAAAAGGCUUUCUGAUGAAGAAAGGGAGGCAGUGCUGCAGGGGCUGAAAAAGAACUGGGAAGAGGUGCAUAAAGAGUUCCAGUCCCUCUCGGUCUUCAUCGAUUCCUUACCAAAGAAGAUCCGCAAGCAGAGGCUAGAAGAAGAAAUGAAGCAACUGGAACAUGACAUUGGUGUCAUUGAAAAGCACAAAAUUAUUUAUAUUGCCAAUAAGUAAUAAUGGAUUUUUAAAAUAUAGUAACUUUAAUAUAGGACGAAAA